AUACCUGAUCGAAUCCUUCAUCUAUGUUCUGAGUGAAUCUUCUCUGAACCAAACACAAAAAAGAACGAAAAAUUAAUAAAUUCAAUUUAUUUUUCAAAUUCACCAUCUCAAUUCAAUCCGCGUCACACUAAUUUCUCAUGGAGAUUGAGAUCUAUGACUCUGGUAAUGGUGAGGCGCUAGGAAAUGCUACUAUUGGAGAGGUCGGUAGUAGCAUAGCUAACAAAGAAAUAGUUGAAUGCAGUUCUUUUGAUCCAACUGAUGAGCAGGAUCAAGAUGAUACUAUGACUCAAGAUUCUUCUGGAGUGGACCAAAUCGCCUCAGCAGUUCCUGUAACAUCGGUUAUGAGAACAAUUGAUGAACCCUAUAUCGGUCAGGAGUUUGUAUCCGAAGCAGAAGCACAUGCAUUUUAUAAUUCAUAUGCUACACGUGUUGGAUUCGUCAUACGUGUAAGUAAGCUCUCGAGAUCAAGGCGCGAUGGAUCUGUUAUUGGACGGGCUCUAGUUUGCAACAAAGAAGGUUUCAGAAUGCCUGACAAGCGUGAAAAGAUUGUAAGGCAAAGGGCAGAAACAAGGGUUGGUUGCAGGGCAAUGAUUAUGGUGAGGAAAUUAAAUUCUGGUCUAUGGUCUAUAACAAAGUUUGUAAAAGAGCACACACAUCCUCUGACACCUGGAAGAGGCAGAAGGGACUUCGUUUAUGAGCAAUAUCCGAGUGGACACGACAGAGUUCGAGAACUAACUCAACAGUUGGCUAUAGAGAAAAAGCGAGCUGAAACCUAUAAAAGGAACCUUGACCUGUUAUAUGAGUGCAUCGAGGAGCAUAAUGAAGCCGUCUCAAAGAAGAUACAGCACAUAGUAGAGAGUGUGAAGGAGAUGGAAGCUAAAGAACAAGAGAGUCAGUUUCAAUUGGCUGUUAUCUAGACUUGUAAUUCUUUUAUCACUGGAUGAAUUGUGGUAGAUAAAUUGUGCAAUAAUAUAGUUGCUGACCAUUGAACUUGUAACUCAGUCCAGCUUACUUUAGGUGUCAAGUGAGUUCUGUAGUUCAGUUUGUUAAGUUCAAUGGAAUUCAAUAUUCAUUGGAUUGCUUUAUUUGCUUUGAUACUUCAGUUGUUAGAAGAGACUAGCUCAGUCAAUGUACAGGUCAUUUAAGUCCAUUCUUGUGAAUUAAUGCUAACAAUAUGACGACUCUUAACAAGCAUGGCAUUCCCUUGAUAGAA